AUGAGAAAGUACAAUAACAAAAUAGGUCGCUCACAAAGUCUACCUGACUGGAAUGGUGACCAGGACGACAAAUUACAUUAUAGAGUGACCAUCAUGGGGGCCGCUGGUGUUGGCAAAAGCUGCAUUAUCUCACAGUUUUUGUACGAUCGCUUUAUAAGUGAGUACAAAGAAACCGUGGAGGAAUUUCACCGUGGAGAAUACACUGUGGACGGCCGAGAACUUAUCCUUGACAUUUUAGACACCGCGGGUGCACAUUCAUUUCCGGCCAUGCGCAGACUGGCUAUUUCAACAAGUGAUGCUUUUGUAUUGGUAUAUUCAAUAGACGACGAGUCCUCAUUUCAAGGAGUAAAAUAUUUGAGAGACAUUAUCUUGGCUGAACGAAAAGGUGAAACUGUGCCAAUAGUCGUUGUUGGGAACAAAUCGGACAUUUCAGAAGAAGACAGAGUCAUACUGAGAGAGACAGCUGAAUCCAUUGUUUGUUUUGACUGGGAGAAUGGCUACGUGGAAGCUUCAGCUAAAGACGGUAUAAAUAUUACAGGAAUAUUCAAAGAAAUUCUCCGACAAACAAACAUGGGUUUCAGUAAAACACCCCUUCCUAAACGAAGGAGGCUUGGAUCAACCUCUUCGGAAAACUCAGACAUUUCCACGCGGAAGAGAAGAAGUUGCAUUAUAUCAUAGUACAUGAACAUAUUGCUGCCAAGUUAUUUUGUUGUUUUUUGAAUA